AUGCUAUAUCUCCAGAUACUGUGGCGUUCGGGGAACUUCAGCCUCUUAGCGUCCAGGUUACAGUCCUACACCUAUAACCCAUGUCAUACCAGGUUGUCCUACCUCCAGUCCUUCGCAUACGCAACGAGGAUUCUUGACCUUGGCCCGAGUCCGUUCUCAACUCCCGAACUUCAACCACGGCCGCGACGAUCCAUUGCCCGAUCCUCUCCCUUCUCCAUAUGUGUAUCUCGUAUCUCCGUAGCCAAAAUUACCUUCACUCUUCAGAUUCAGAUCGACAUUCUCACUGCCCAAGCUGACGAUCAUGCCCCAAAGGAGCCGCCCAAUCCGUUGACAAACUUGGAUUCCAGGCUCAGUCAGGAAGGAAUUCAUCGCCUUUCCCAAGUUCCCAACUUCCUGGACCAGACCCUACCCAGCACUGAAAAGAGGAUACAUCUUGCGGAAGACGAAGCAUCCAGGACCCCACGCUCGGCGCCGCCAUUCGCCCGAGGGAAUACUAACCCGGAUCUAAAAUAUCCAAACAGUAUCCAGCCGCUACUCCCGGAUGGCAACCUCAAGUUCCACUCCUCAAUAUCAGACAGCCAGAUCAAUAGACGACUAGCGCCCAUCUCCCUGUACGGCAUAGACCCUUGGGGAGGCCCGGCCAGUAAAUCUGGAGGCUUCUACGUGAAGGUUCUUAUCAAUCACAGACCGUUCGAGUCCAUGGGCAAACGAUUACCAAAAGGUUGGAACUACGGCCCUCAACUUCAUUUCAGUCAACUUAUGAAGCCCGAUGAAAACUGA